AUGUCUUUCGCCGGCAGACGUAGAGGUAACAAGGUCAAGAAGGGUGUCCAGUUCACCGUUAUGGUCGUAGGUGCCUCUGGUACUGGACGCACGACGUUCGUGAACACCCUUUGCGAGUCGGAGGUUUUGCCGCACAAGGUCUCCGACAGUCCUGAGACCGCGCACGUUGAAGAUGGUAUCAGGAUCAAGCCUGUCAAUGUUGAGCUUGAGGAGGACGGUGUCCGCAUCGCUCUCACCAUCGUCGAUACUCCCGGUUUUGGCGACAACAUCGACAACGAGUUCGCGUUCCAGGAAAUUGUCGGUUACCUGGAGCGCCAGUAUGACGACAUCCUUGCCGAGGAGUCUCGCAUCAAGCGUAACCCUCGCUUCCGGGACAACAGGGUGCACGCCCUGCUGUACUUCAUCUCUCCCACAGGCCAUGCGUUGAGAGAGAUGGACAUCGAGCUGAUGCGCCGCCUCUCUCCUCGUGUCAAUGUGAUCCCGGUCGUUGGUAAGGCUGACUCCCUGACCCCCAGCGAGCUUCGAGGAUUCAAGAAGAGGAUCAUGGAGGACAUUGAGCAUUACGACAUUCCCGUCUACAACUUCCCGUACGACAUCGAAGAAGACGAUGAGGAUACGAUCCAGGACAACAGCGAGCUGCGCGCCAUGAUGCCCUUCUCCAUUGUUGGUUCGGAGGAGGAGGUCGAGAUUGAUGGCCAACCUGUCCGAGCCAGAAUUUACCCGUGGGGUAUUGUUGAGGUCGACAAUCCAAAGCACUCAGACUUCAGCCGGCUGAGGGGUGCCCUGCUCAACACGCACCUUGCCGACCUCAAGGCUCUGACCCACGAUGUCCUGUACGAAACCUACCGUACAGAGAAACUUUCCAGGACCGUGCAUUCUGAUACUCAGGAUUCUUCCAUCCUUCCCGAGGAACUUGCGACUCAAAGUGUGCGUCUCAAGGAGGAGCAGCUCCGCAGGGAAGAGGAGAAGUUGCGCGAGAUCGAACUGCGGGUGCAGCGCGAGAUCAACGAGAAGAGGCAAGAGUUGUUGGCGAAGGAAGAAUCGCUCAGGAAUUUGGAGAGUCGCCUUGCUGCCCAAGGCUCGCAGUCGGAAUUCCGCGAGUAA